AUGCUGUUCCUUUCUUCCCUCCUUCUCCUGGCCUUGUCCGGGGCUCCGGCUUUUGCAGCACGCAUCGGCAACUUGUUGGAGCCACCUUUGCCCCCGCCCUUGGCAAUCGAGGAUGUCUUGGGAAUCGACCGCAAGCAACUUAGCAAGCGGAAGACCGGGAGCGGGUUCUUUGAUCAGUACAUUGACCACAGCAACCCUUCAUUGGGCACGUUCCGGCAGAAGUACUGGUGGAGCGAUGAGUUCUACAAGGGUCCAGGCUCUCCCGUGAUCUUCUUCAGCCCGGGAGAGUCAAGGGCCGAUAUCUAUACUGGCUACCUGACCAACUAUACCAUCUCCGGCGUGUAUGCGCAGGCCGUCGGCGGCGCCAUCGUCAUUCUCGAGCACCGCUACUGGGGAGAAUCGUCACCUUUUGCAAACCUCAGCACCAAGAACAUGCAGUACCUGACUCUCAACAACUCCAUCUCGGACACAACUCGCUUUGCCCGCCAGGCGAAGCUGCCCUUUGACACCAGCGGAGCGACCAACGCCCCCAAGGCGCCCUGGGUCUUUGUUGGCGGUUCUUAUGCUGGUGCCCUCGCCGGAUGGGUAGAUAGCGUCGCCCCUGGAACUUUCUGGGCCUACCAUGCGUCAAGCGCAGUGGUCCAGGACGUCGGUAAUUUCUGGCGGUACUUCACUCCAAUCAUUGAAGGCAUGCCCAAGAAUUGCAGCGCCGACGUCUCUCGGGUGAUCGAGCACGUCGACAAAGUACUCAAGACUGGAUCAGACGACGACAAGUCUGCCCUGAAGACAGCGUUUGGUCUCGGCUUUCUCGAGAAUGAUGACUUUGGCGGAGCACUGGCGAACGGCCCGUACCUGUGGCAGUCAGUUAGUUUCAGCGCCGGCUACUCGGGCUUUUAUCAGUUCUGUGACUACAUCGAGAAUGUACCACCCAGCGCAACGACCAGAGUGCCCCCAUCGGCUGAUGGUGUUGGCCUCGAGAAGGCCUUGAUUGGUUACCAAAAUUGGACCAAGAAGGAAUACGUUCCAACCGCCUGCGACGCCUUGGGAUUUGCCAAGGGUGACCUGAGCUGCCUGGACAGCCACAACUUCUCCAACCCCCUCUUCCGCGACUAUACUGUAUUAAACUUGGGGAACCGGCAAUGGAAUUGGCUUCUUUGUAACGAACCCUUCAAGUUUUGGCAAACCGGCGCUCCCGAAGGCGAAAAGACCAUUGCGUCGCGUUUCGUACGAGAUACAUACUACGAACGCCAGUGUAAAUUGUGGUUCCCUGACGAGCCACGUGAAGGCGGUGGCGUCUACACGUUCGGCAUAGCCCUCGGCAAGGACGUCACCGAUGUAAACAAAUUCACCGGUGGAUGGGAUCACACCAACACGACUCGAGUUCUCUGGGUCAAUGGUCAAUUUGACCCAUGGCUGCAUGCCACCGUGUCGGCACCCUCCCGCCCCGGGGGGCCUCUUCAGUCGACCGAGAAGGCACCUGUUCUUGUUAUCCCGGGCGGAGUACACUGCGGCGACAUGUUGAUGAGCAACGGAGACGCAAACGAGGGCACGCGCAAGGUCCAUAGCCAGGCGCGCGAAAUCAUCAAAAAAUGGGUCUCUGAGUUUCCCAAGAGCGGAAAGAGUUCUUGA